AUGAAUUGCAAUUAUCAUCAAGAGAGUCGAAUAGAAUUAGUAUGUGUAGCUUCUCAUAAAUGCUAAAGGAAACUCUGUUCAUAAUGCGAACAUUAAGAGAAAAACAAAACUCACGAGUGCACUCUUUUAGACCAAUUUCAUGAAUCACUAUUAAAAUAAUUAUAAGCAUCAACUUUAGAAGAGAAAAAUAAUUUCAAAUAAGAACUCAGUGGAAUUGAAAGUAUGUUGUAAAAAAUUAAGGAGGAAUUAUCAAAUUUAAAAGAAGAGAUAUGCAAUAGCAUUAAUUAGAAAAACGAAUAUUAUUUGAAUAUUAUAAAUGAUAAUACUAAUCUAGCAGAAUUAUCAGAAGUUAAGUUAGAAGAAUUGGUUGAAAUUCAUAAAGGAACAUAAUUAUAGGAUUGGAAUUGCGAGAAAAAAAUUUAUUUAAGCAGAUUGAAGAAGAUGAUAUAAAUUUAAUAAGAAGGAAUCAGCACUAUAAGUCAAGAGUUGAAUCAAGAAACUAUUAUUAUUAGAGAACUUCUAAAUAUUAGAUAAAAAAGUUUUGUUUGGAAAUAAGAUUUGUAUGAAGUUUUAGCUUUAACAAAAGAAAUAGAUAGUAUUGUUGUAUUAUUUAGUGCUAUUCUUUAAAAAUUAAAACAAAAAGACAAAACCCCUCUAGAUUAUUCUUUUUUCAAUUCUAUUAAAAACCAAUUCAAAGAAAACUUUCACAAUUUACCUGAAAUUAAUAUGUAAACCAGUUUGAAGAAUACAAGAAAUGAUAUUUAGAUAAUAGCCCAUGUUAUCAAAAAGAUAAGAGAACUUGAAUUUUAUAAAAAGAAUUAUUCUCUAGAGGAUUUUAAAGAAGUUAGGAAAAACUUAAUUUAACAAAUUGGAAACAAUGAGAAGAUUAUAAAAUUUUUGAUAUUUUUAGUUAAACUUACAGCCUUUGAUGAAUAAUUUAUAUAAUGUGGAUCAAAUUCACUUGGUUUGUUAGUUGAAAUGAAGGCUGAUUUGGGAGGAUAGUGCUUUAAUAGUAUUAGGAUAUAAGAUACUGUAUUGAUAGGAGCUAAUUUUGCGAGGUGCAAUUUGAGUCAGAAUUCAUAAAUGUAAAUAUAAGCGGAAUUAAUUUAAAUUAAGCUUAGAGGAGCUUAAAAAUACAUGAAUUAAUAAAUUGUAUGGCCAUAAAAAACGCAUUCUAUCAGUAUCCUUCUCUCCUAAUGGCAAGAUAUUAGCUUCUGCCAGUGAUGAUAAAUCAAUUAUUUUAUGGAAUGUUAACACAGUACAAUAAAUAGCCAAAUUAAAUGGUCAUAGUAAUCCUGUCAGAUCUGUUUGUUUCUCUCCUGAUGGUACUGCAUUAGCAUCUGGUAGUUUAGAUAAGUCUAUCCGUUUAUGGGAUGUUAAGACAGGAUAAUAAUAAGCCAAAUUAGAUGGCCAUUCAUCAACAGUUUAUUCAAUUUGUUACUCUCCUGAUGGUACUACAUUAGCAUCUGGUAGUGUAGAUAAGUCUAUCCGUUUAUGGGAUGUUAAGACAGGAUAAUAAAAAGCCAAAUUAGAUGGUCAUUCAUCAUAUGUUACUUCAAUUUGUUACUCUCCUGAUGGUACUACAUUAGCAUCUGG